AUGCACACUCGUAUCGUAAUCGUCGGAGGCGGCGCAGCUGGAAUAAGCACGGCACAGGCGCUGGCCAAGAAUCUGAACCAAUCGGAUGAUACAGACGUCGUUCUUCUGGAAAAAUCCUCCUACUUCUACCAUGUCGUGGGCGCCCCGCGAGCCUUUGUAGACGCUGACUACACGAGCAAAAUGUUCAUUCCGUUUGACAACGCUAUUCCCAAGAGUGCAGCCAAUUAUGUGCGUGUCGUGCGUGGCGUGGCCAUGCGCAUAUCAGUCGACCCGAACGAGGUGUCGUACCACGCAAUUGACGGCAACGACAAGGAGACAGAUGAGACGGAAAAACUGCAGUUCGACUACCUCGUGCUGGCUACCGGGAGCACCUACUCCGUGCCGGUCAAACCUGGCAUCGAUGACUUUGCUCGCCUGGCCGUGGAAGUCAAGCUGCAAGAAGUCCGUUUCCAUAUCGAGAAAGCAGAGAAGGUCGUAGUCGUGGGCGGAGGCGCCGUGGGCUGUGAAGUGGCAGCUGAAGUCAAGUCCAAGUGGCCGAACAAGUCCGUAACGAUUGUGCAUGCAAGCAAGAGACUCGUCUCCGGGAGCAAUCUCAAUGACAAGUUCUAUGUCAAGCUGAACAGCUCGCUGCACAAACUCGGUGUGAAGGUGAUUUUAGGAGAACGUUUGACAAAACGUCUUCAUGGCAAUGUGUUCGAAAAGUGUACGUUGCGUACCGAUAAAGGCACGGAACUUGAAGCAGAUGUCCAGCUUCUUUGUGGUGGAUUUAGUCCUAUUGUCACUUUGGUUCAAGAGCUUGAUGCGUCCCUGAUCACGCAACGUGGGGCAGUCAAAGUAAACAGUCAGUUGCAGGUGGAAGGUGAGAAAUACGCGCAUCUUUUUGCGCUAGGCGAUAUGUGCAGCCACCCGGCACCGAAGAUGGCCUUUAUCGCUGGGGAGCAGGGCAAGUUCCUAGCUGGUGAGCUGGCCGCAGUGAUCCGCAAGAAGCAGCCAGGAUUUACGAACCCGUUCAAGGUGCCAGCGGUUGCCGCAAUGAUCUUGCCAUUAGGUCCAUCAGGAGGUGUAUCGCAACUGCCGGUGUGGGGUGGUGUCGUUGUCGGCGACUGGAUCACAUGGUUUCUUAAAUCCAGAGACUACUUUGCCGGCCGCAUCUGGGCUAGUGUAGGCGCGACAGUCUCAAACUAA